UCUGAGAAGAAGACCAUCUCCUACCGAGGCUGCAUGGCACAAAUCUUCUUCUUCCACCUUCUGGGAGGUGGGACAGUCUUCUUCCUCUCAGUGAUGGCCUAUGACCGCUACAUAGCCAUCUCCCGGCCCCUCCACUACGUCUCCAUCAUGAACACCAGGCUGUGCAUGGGGCUGGUGGUGGCUGCCUGGGUAGGAGGCUUUGCUCAUUCCAUUGUCCAGUUGUCUCUGAUACUCCCAUUGCCCUUCUGUGGCCCCAAUGUCCUGGAUAACUUCUACUGUGAUGUCCCCCAAGUGCUGAGACUUGCCUGCACGGACACCUCCCUCCUGGAGCUCCUCAUGAUCUCCAACAGUGGGAUGCUGGUCCUCAUCUGGUUCCUCCUCCUUCUGGUCUCCUACACUGUCAUCCUGGUGAUGCUGAGGUCACACUCAGGGCAGGCAAGGAGGAAGGCGGCCUCCACCUGCACCACCCACAUCAUCGUGGUGUCUAUGAUCUUCAUUCCCUGCAUCUAUAUCUAUUCCAGGCCCUUCAGUCCCUUUCCCUUGGACAAAGCUGUGUCCAUCAGCUACACGGUCUUGACCCCCAUGCUAAACCCCAUGAUCUACACGCUCAGGAACCAGGAGAUGCAGGCAGCCAUGAAGAGACUAGCAAAGCACAUAGCGCUUACUAAAAGAGAUGAGCUUUAAACAGAUUGUCUUCCAAUGGCAGAUUUCUCUGGACUUG